AUGCUGGAUUUUUCGACACGGAUGCAGUGGCUGGUGGUGGUCGCCGUCGCCGCCGCGGUGCGCGGCGAGCCAGAAUACGAACGCUAUGCAGCCGACAUCUCCCAGCAGCAACUUCCCCUAGUCGUGUCCGACAACGGAACUGACGGAAAUGGUUGCCAUUUCGUUUGCGAAUCGCUCGCUGGCUCCCCGGGCGAUGACCUCCAAGUGUACCAGCACGGCGCCAUCCCAGACAGCUUCACAACCAGCUUCUACGCCGUGCAGCAGCGGGAGCUCGUGCCUCUGUGCGUCGCGGAGCCGCGGACUGCCGCGGGUGUGUCGGCCGUCGUCCAGGCCGUGACCAAGCACCGUUGCCCGUUUGCCAUCAAGAGCGGCGGCCACAGCAACGCUCCGGGCACAAACGCCCAGCAGGGGGGGUUGGUGAUUGACCUGCGCUCUCUGGAUCAGGUCGACGUCUCGGACGACAAUGCGACCGUGGCGAUUGGGCCGGGCAAUCUCUGGGGCAGCGUGUAUCAACGGCUCGAACCGCGCGGGCUGGUCGUGGCCGGCGGCCGCGUCGACUCCGUCGGCGUCGGCGGCUUCACGCUCGGCGGCGGCAUAUCGUUCCUAUCGCGGCAGUACGGAUGGGCUGUUGACAAUGUGCGCAAUUUCGAGGUGGUUCUCCCCAACGGUACAGUCACCAACGCAAACCCGGAAAAUAACCCAGACCUCUACUUUGCGCUCCGCGGCGGCGGGAGCAGCUUUGGAAUCGUCACUCGCUUCGAUUUUGAAGCACUAGCUCUGAACAAGACGUUUUGGGGUGGCUCCGACGUCAAUGUUCUGGCUGGGAUGGGAGCCACCCGCAAACGCCUCGCGAUCCAAGACCGCCGAGAAUGGUCUUUCCGUGCUGCCGUUUUCGCCCUUAUCCGGCUACUGCACCGCGGUCUCGAUCUCUUCGGAUAUGGCACGACCCUCGACAAUCUCGCCAGCGGAUUCGCCUCGCUCGCGCACGAACAGCAGAUGGAUGCGGCCGCCGCCGCGUACCUCUUCUUCAGCUAUCUGCCUGACCUCCGCACCUAUGUCGCCGGCAGCACGUACGUCUACAGCCAAAACACAGAGGAACCGGCUGCGCUGCAGCCGCUGACCGGCGUGCCGCAUCUAUACACGACGAGGCGCCUGCGCACGCUGUCGGACCUGACGCUCGAGGUCACCGAGAUGAACCCCAUGGAUCAGCGACAGCACUGGCGGACGACCACGUUCAAGGCCGACCCGGCGCUGAUUGCGCAAUUUGGAGAGAUUUUCCUGCAGGAGAGCGCGCCGAUGCGGUAUGCGGUCCCGGACGCGCUGCAGAGCACGAACGUGCAGCUCUUGACUAAGCAUGAGAUUGCCCUGUCGCAGAGGAACGGCGGCAAUGCAUUUGGCCUCAAGCCAGAAGACGGCCCUUUUGUGUUCCUUGUCACAACCACGGCGUACAAGCACGCCAAAGACGACGAAGUCGUUCGAGUCGCGUCGGAGAGAAUCCACGAGCGCAUCAAGGCAGUGGGCAAGGAGAUGGGCUUAUACCAUCCGUUCAUAUAUCCCAACUACGCGGCUGUCGGGCAGGAUGUGUUUGCUGGCUUUGCACCAGAAAAUCUGGCGAGGUUGCUGGAGAUUCAGUCUCGGUAUGAUCCGGGACGAGUCUUUGCGAAUUUGCAGCCGGGACACUUGACAUUGAACGACAAUCGACUCAAGCAGUAG